UACCACGGCAGCGCCGCUCUUUUCUCGCGAUGCGAAUCCCACUCCUCAAGCUGACAACUCCAUUCUCAUCGAAGCUGACAAAAUGGAAUUUUUGUAGUCAUUCCUCCAUGACUCCCAACAAGCCCUCAAUGGAUUAGCUAUCGCGAUAACGCCGCACCCCUAGCACCGACAAUGAUAAUGGCGAACUUCAGCGUUAUCCGCGUAACGGCCCUCACAUACAGUAUCCUCGUCAACUCGGUCAUCCUCCUCUUUCUUAGCGUCGCCGAGAUCGUCCUCGAAGAUCGCGUUUUGCAUGCAUUUCGAUCCGUUCAAAUCCAGUACCCCGGAUCCAGUCUCGCAGAAUGGUUAUUCGUAUCGAUGAACCCGAGAAAUAUCGAUUCCGGACCCACGACCGCGAUAUUCCUAGUAGGAGGUGGCGGCCUCAUAUGUGCGCUGGUGGGGAUAGGAUGCAUACUGGCGACAUGGUGGGGUGUGAUGGAGUCCAAGACCAAGAAGUUCGGCCUGGCGAUUUGUCUGGCAGCCAUGAUCAACACCGCUGCGGAUAUGGCAGUCCUGGUAUACGUUUUUGUCACCGAAGCGAAAAACGCGACCCCUAGAUUCUACGUUCAAUGGCAGAAGACCACGUUUACGAGGGAGUACUGGGUCUGCAAGGCCUUUCCCAGCGUAUUCGAGGAUGCUGAUAUCCUUUACGGGUUUCCGGCAUGCAAUGUUGCUCAAGCCGCGCGAUACAUGCUCGUCGCCAUUUGCUGCGUAUCAGCGGUGCUAGUGGGGUUAAGCGUGUUCCAAGUACAAAAGGCCGGAGCAUUGGGGAGAGUAACCGCAAAGCCGGAGGACAUAGAAAAGGGCACACCGCCGAAGAGUGGUUUCCUGAAGAGCAACGGGUUGCCGAAUCACUAUCGACACAAGGUGGAGAUGGUGCCGGCUUUUGGGAGCGUCUCCGCGAACAACCUCGGGAAUGUAAGAGUACAGAGGCCCCCCAGUUGUGUGAAGAACGAUGGGACAGCGUUUCAGAUUCAAGGAUAUUACUCAAGGCUGUGA